AUGGAGAGGAAAAGGGCGAUUGCUUUAGUCGUGCUUGUUGUUGCGGCCCUCUUGACGCUGACCAUAGCCUUGGUUGUUUCUUCGUUGCAGAUCCUGAACUCGAAUGAAAUUGGUUUGCAAUAUGACAGGAUCCAGAAGCACCUGCUCGAGACGCCAUUUGAGGAGGGUUUACAUUUAGGCCCAGUUGGUUACGAAUUCCUGAUCUUCCCGAGUGUCUACAAGACAAUCAACUUCGACAAACUUUACUGUUUGAACAAAGAUGGCGUACCCAUCGAGCUGAUUAUAUCCUUGCAGUACCGGGCCAGGAAAAGCGCCCUGUAUCGGAUUGCAACGGAGUUCAAGAACCAUGAAAGUUACUUGGAAACUUUAACGGUGAUCGCGGAGUCGGCGAUUCACGAAGCGUGCAGCAAAUUCCGGACUUCUCAGUUCCCAACACAGAGGGGAAAUUUUACCCGGGAGAUAAGACAGAGGCUUACAAACCGCUUUGAUGAGAUGGAUUGCGAGGUGACAGACGUACAGGUUAAUAAUUUUGAGAGACCCGAGGUUUAUGAAGAGGCUGUGAGGGCAAAAGAAAGGGCACGGGAAGACAUUCAGGCUGCUCAGAACGAGAGACCACGACAACUGACAGAAGCUAACAGGGCCAAGCGAGAGGCCGAGUUUCAUGCCAACAUCACACUGGCCAAGGCUUACUCACAGGCUACCAUUCUGGAAAACCAAGCACGCGCAGAGACCAAGGCCAUUCUAAUCCAGUACGAAAAAGAGGCAGAUACCUACGCCGAGAUAAUCGGAGCUUCCGGUUUAAAUUUUACCGCGGAGGGCUUCCUGUCGUACUUGGGCGUCCGUGUGAUUGCUGACGCUCGGAACCCUGUAUAUGUAGGCAUUCGAAGUCCGGCAAAGUCCUCUUACAUCGUAAACCCUUGA